AUGUAUCAAUGCGUCUUUGGCCAUAUGGAACACUGCAUCAAACACCUCACUACCCCUAUCCAUCUCGACACGUCUACCAGCAUAUUACCAGAGCUCAUUAUUGGGUCAUACAAGCCUUCCAUAAAAUCUGCAACUGCAAUGAAAAUGUUCCUUUUCUAUACAAUGGCACACACAGUCUUCAGCCAGUUGCAAACCGUUUUAGGAGCACACCAGUCAAAGAAGAGUCGAGCUACGAGAAGGACUGGAAGCGGAGGUAGAGAUAGCACGAAACUUGGAAACGGAGAUGAGACAUUUCCCGGCGAAGGUUGGCAAAGUGUGGUAACCCCAGCUGGUUAA